AUGAUGGUCAAGCAGUGUGAUAGUCCCAGUGAUGAGGUCAUCUACAUCCACUGGGACAACAAUACUACUCUAUCCACCCCGACCGUGGAGAGUGGACCGAGGGUGCUUUCUGAUCGUCGAGCGGGAUUCUGGGGUGCCGUUGGGGGAUAUUUGGUCUAUCCCGCAGUCCGACCGGGGACUCACGAGUCAGACUAG